CGUUACUCAAUAACGUCGUUCUGGCCCGCAGUAGCCAACCUCUCUCUCUCUCUCUCUCUCUCUCUCUCUCUCUCUCUCUCUCUCUCUCUCUCUUUUGUGGAAACAUUUUGUCAGCGAUGUCGACUCAUGACCUUAUGUGUUGUGCAAAUAUUUAGAUGGAACCCGCAAUUGCAACGGCCGCCAAUGCUGGAGAUACCAACGUCAUGGAAACAGAAGCCAUUCUAAGUGGUCUUUCCCCUGCAAGUGGGGUCAUCCAAACCACAUUUCAUCAACAGACCAGCGGCGGGGGCACAGCCAGUGCUGCAUGUGAAGAGGUGCUCGCAACAAUUCAUAUGGAAACUGAGCAUAUGCUUGCUGGCGUGGAUGACAACGAUAGCGGCGCACGAGGGAACAGUGCUGAGAUAAAGAAGGUGGGUGGAGAGAGAAACGAGGAAGAUGUUGGCAGCGAGGGUCCUCACAGUGGAUGCAUUGUCACAGAUGCAAAUGUGACGAAGACAAUGGCAGGAGAUACAUACCCAGUGUUGAGGCUGAAUGAUGGGGCAACGACCCACGAUGCUUGCCAUUACGCAUUGGAGAUGUAUCGUGUUCUAGAGGCAAAGGGUGAGUUGUUGCUCAACGAUUUCUUAUAUGACAACUUUGACUGCGGACAGCUGCGGGUGUUGGGUGGCCAGCAACGCAGGGAGGGGACGCCAGUCGGCCAGGAUGAUGCAAGAAGGGAUCCUCGAUGGGGUUGGGUACCAUCUGAAAUCCCAUUUGGAUAUGGCCGUGUUAAGAUGCAAGUGCGUGAUAUCAUGGGCAAUGUGUGGAGCGCGCAUUACGUGAACGGCAUGUUUUCCUUCCGUCAUUUCGACAGAGAAGCGACUGCAGACGAAAAGGUGGCGGUGACAUGCCGACCACGCGAUGCACGCAUCUUUGACCCGCCACUUGGCAGUCCUGUCGAGUUGGCUCUCGUUGAAGGGACGGUGUUUAGUGAAGGGAUGCCCGAUGAAGGCGACGUGGAUAUGACAAAGCAGCAGAAGGGGGGAACAUACAUGCCAGCCGAUUUCAAGCAGACGCUGAUGGCACAGGCGAAGAAAUGGGGAAUGGUUGUUGAAGAUUCUAAGAACGAGAUGAAGAGCGGUGCAGCAGAAAUUUUAGUACUCUCGCGUUUGAAGGACAUACCGCAAGCUCCCCCGCAAGACUUCCAAGAUCUUCCAGUAAUUAUCGCAAACGGGGUGGAGUAUGUUUUACUCGACCAACUGGUGGAUUUUAUGAAAAAGAAACCUGACGAUCGGAAUGUCAUACAUGAGGCAUUGCAUGAUGUGACAGAGCAAGCACUGGCGGGCAAGGACCUCAUUAACUACAGGGUUCGGAGAGUGGACGAGGAUGUCGCAUGUGGUACUCCAUUGUGGGAUGGAAUAUUCAUGGCAGCUUUGCAUCACCUCAGUAUUGCGACUUCUGAGGUGGACGGAAAUAGGUCAAGGGAAGAAGGAUGGAAGUUGGUGUUCAGGGAAGCAGAUGUUGCACUUCAUGCAGCAGAUGGACACACUUCAGCAGGGGAAGAAAUUGUGAGAACAGUCUCCAUCAUGAGCGAAUCUUACAAAAUGAACGAGGGGGUAGAUGACAAGGGUUGUAUCAUGGGCUCAAAAGCGAAGUACAGUUCAGAAACAGCAAGGAAUGACGAACAGUCAUGUGGACCAAGUGUCACCGAACCGUUGCUCCCAUUGAGCAGUGAGAGAUCAGUGAAGCGAUGGAAGAGGAUAAUGGAGGACUUGUGGUAUGCGGAAAUAUACGAAAUAAUGACCACAGAUGACGUUCAAUAUUCUCAGAUGGUGCAUGAACCUUUGUUCAGUAUUGUUAGGGGCAAUCGGUCGAGAGCUAUGAUUGCAGAGGCUGGAAAGAGGCCUGAGAGGGUGGACGAGGAACACUUGUUCCCGUUCACAUGGAAAUCAAUAAGAUACGCCAUAGCGAUAACGAAACGAGAUGUAUUGCGAUUGGGUGCGAAGCAGUGGCUGAACGACGACGUGAUCGAUAUGUACUUACAGUCCGUCUAUGAAGAACAUUUCCCUGCAGAGGACAACACGACACUUCAUGUUUGCACAACUUUCUGGCAUCCCGCAGUCAUCGCCAAUCAGAAGGUUUAUGUCGUGAAAGGAGAAUGGCAGGAGCGGAUCAAGAGUAGACCUGCAAAGUUGCGUUGAAUAAGCAAUGAACUGCGAACGACAAC